UUCAUGAGACUAGAUUCCAGGCCGCACAUGCCGCACUGGGCCUUGUUUGAGUGCAAGUGCAGUGGUAGAUCUCUCUGUGGCCAGUACAAGAUGGCUAGGAGCGAGGCUAGGAGAUUAGAACCUUUCUAUGGUUUUGUCUGUAAAGUUUGUCUUGAAGCCAACCCCAAGAACAUCAAUCUCCUCACCACAAAGUGCUCACAGACCCACACACCCACCAUGUUAGAGCAUGUACAUGUAGCAAUCAGUGAUGGGAUGCUGGAAAGAAUUAGACCACUGCCGAAGAAGAUACCCCCGGGGAAGAAGUUUAUCUGUUGUAAGUCGUGUUCUCGUGGGAACCACUGUACAUAUGCUCACAGUAAGGCCGAGCUGAACGCUUGGAAUGCUCAGUUAGCAGAAUCAGAAGAUGACGGCAAGAGUGAAAAAAUCUGGAUGCGAACACCAAUCAGACCAGUACCACUGCCAAACAGGUUACCCCCAGUGUUUUAUCAAGGAGACAAUUGUACGUAUGCUUACAUAGAGGCGGAGCAAGAGGAAACUGAAGUGUUGUCUGAACCAAAACAGAAUACGCACGUGUCAGAUUCUGAUUCUGAUUCUGAUUCUGAUUCUGAAGUGAUGUUCACCUCCCCUGUCCAAUACAAUGAUCUACACGAUCAUUCACAGGGAGGCCUGGUCAUUCCCAAUCGCCUUCCUAUGGUUCCUAUUCAAUCUAUGGUUGUGGCAGAGGACUCCUCCACGAUGCUAGUGCCUGGUUUCGGAGAUAUAUUUGUCAAUGAUACAACUUUAGAGAGGAUUACCACACCACCCCAUCUUCGUGAGUUUGUCAGAAGACAGCAGGAAAGAGAAUCGGCAAAGAGAAUAGGUACUUUCCGCAUUUUUACACGUACAGAUGAUUCAAUUCUACCCUCAUUGAAUAAACAGACUAGCAGUAGUAUUGGAGCAAAGGCUGCUAGCAGAUUGGACGAAUAUGUUGAUGAUGCAAAGCAGAUUGGCGAAGGAGGUUUUGGUGUGGUGUUUCAUGUGAAACACAAGGUGGACCAGGCAGAUUAUGCACUGAAGAUAAUCAGGCUCUCAGAUAACCCUAAGCAGCAAAAAAAGGUGUUGGGAGAAGUUACCACCUUAGCUCAGCUGAACCACUCCCAUAUUGUACGCUACUUCAAUUCGUGGAUGGAAAAAGCUCCAGAUGGGUGGAGAGAGAAAAAGGUGUGGUCUAAGCUGAAGAGUAGUGAUUCAUCGUCAAUGGAGUACAAAACAGAUACAUUACCCACAACUUCCACCAACACACGUGUUGUUUCUGCUGACCAUGAGGCGAGCUCUCACACUGCUGACUCAGUAGUCUCAAGUCGUGACGGUGCCGACCCUCCAUCUGGCUCCUCUCAGUUCAAGAUAUUAAAAGUUGCUACGCUCCAACCAACGCUUCCACUUGAUCCUCCAACCUGCUUGUUUAUUCAGACAGAGCUCUGUAAAAGGGGCACAUUGCACACCUGGCUCCAUGAAACUUGUGAGGAAGAGAGCCGAACUAAGAGCCAAGUUCUGAGCUUUUUCAAACAGAUCCUGGAAGCACUAGUGUGCAUUCAUAAGAAGGGCUUUGUACAUCGAGACCUAAAGCCAUCGAAUGUUUUUUUCUCUCGUACUGAGGACGGUUUAAAAAUUGGAGAUUUUGGUUUAGUGAGAACAGUGGCCAUGCCAAAUGGAGCCCCCACAGGUGUAGACACUAUCAACCACGGUUCAGCAGAUAGCCACUCUAAAGGCAGUAUGCAGGCUGGAACCUUUCUGUACAUGAGUCCAGAGCAAGUCAAAGGAGAAAAGUGUGAUGAGAAGUCAGACAUGUUUGCUCUGGGCAUCAUCUUGUUUGAGCUCCACUAUUAUAUUACCAUGGAGGCCAGAAACCAGGUGCUGUCAGCUUUGCGCAAGCUAAAAUUCCCUUCCAAAUUUGAGGAUAACUUUCUCAAUGUGACGAGAAUUGUGAAGCUCUUGCUGGAAACAAACCCUGCCGAGAGACCAACUGCUAAUGAGUUAACUAAGAAUAGUUCUCUUCGGAAUCUCUCAAAGAAAGUGAACAAGAAGCAGAGAGCUUUGGUUCCUGUAUUGUUCUGACACUGGUGUGCACUAUAAUAACUCGAUCUAUGUCUGUUAAUAUUUUUUUAUGCACAUUCUAUAUCCAGUCUUUAUAACACAAUGAUUAUCAUAGCCUUGAAUUUUUGGCAUCGUUUUUAACAACAAUCAUGGUCGAUCAUUACCCGA